AUGCCCGGGAAAAAGGCCGAAAAGCUCGAAGCCCCGCUCUCGCCCAAUAGUUCUAUCGAUUGCAAUGACUGUGACUACCCCGAAGGCGGCUACCGGGCCUGGCUAGUCGUUCUCGGAGCCUGGUGCAUGCUGCUGCCGCCGAUGGGAUUGCUGAAUGGCCUGGGGAUCUUGCAGGCGUGGACUUUUGAGCAUCAGUUGCACGGAUACUCCGAGUCCAGCAUCGGCUGGAUAUUCAGCACCUAUGGGUUUUUCGUCUUCGCCGCCGGGGCGCAGGCAGGACCAAUCUUCGACACGUAUGGCGUUCAAAUCGCUAUAAUACCUGGGUCGAUUGGACUGGUCGUAAGCCUGAUCUGUUUUAGCUUCAGCACUGAAUAUUACCAGAUGUUCCUGUCCUUCAGCAUCCUUGGUGGCCUCUCCGGCAGUACGCUUUACACCCCUGUCAUUGCCUGCGUCGGCCACUGGUUCAACCAGCGCCGGGCGUUCGCCACCGGCGUCGCCCUGACAGCGGGUGGCUUCGGCGGCGCCAUCUUUUCCGUCAUCAUCCUAUUCGCCGCGCCCACGAUCGGCUUCGAGUGGGCGAUCCGCAUCUACGCUCUCUUGACCGUCCUUCUCUGCACCUGCGGCUGCUUCCUACUGCGCACGCGACUUCCGCCGAACACGAAAGCCGGCGCGUCCGUCGACUUCCGCGCCCUGCGCGACGUCCGCUACGCUAUCACCGUCCUCGCCAUCUUCCUGAUUGAGUUCUCCUUCAUGAUUCCCUUCAGCUAUAUCCCCUCCUACGCGCGCCACGUCGGUCUAGACAGUGAGAUGUCCUGGCUUCUUACCAUCAUCAUCAGUUUGUCAGGCAUCCCCGGUCGUUCCAUCACCGGCCUUGUCGCCGACCGCAUCGGCCGGUUCAACUCGCUGGUCGUAACCUCGCUCAUCUGCUCAGCCCUCACCCUUGCUCUCUGGCUCCCUGCUGGAAACGACCUCAAGGCCCUGAUCUGCUACGCUAUCUUCUUCGGGUACUGGUGUGGCGCUGGGUUCAGCCUCGCCCCUGUGUCCGUCUCGCAGGUCUGCGACACGGCCGACUACGGCAAGCGCAACGGCACGGCCUACACCGUUGCCAGUAUCGGCACGCUCAUCAGCAUCCCUGUCGGCGGGGCGAUUAUCGAACGGGCAGGGGGUGAUUACUGGGGCGUCAUCGUGUUUGGUGGUGGUCUUUACUUUGCGUCCAUGAUGGCUUUCUUCGCCGCUCGGGUGAUUUGCGUUGGGUGGAAUUUGCGUAUAAUCUUCUGA